CGGCUAACCCACCUGCCUCUGGUUUUUCCAAUCUCUCUUGUGAAACUCUAAUAAGCAUGGGUGACGCCCACAUGGCCGAGUUCGGGGCGGCUGCCCCCUACCUGCGCAAGUCGGACAAGGAGCGGCUGGAGGCGCAGACCCGGACCUUAGACCUCCGCAGCGACUGCUUUGUGUCCGAUGAGAAGGAGGAGUUCGUCAAGGGCAAGAUCGUCAGCCGGGACGGGGGGAGGGUGACCGUCGAGACCGAGAACGGCAAGACGGUGACAGUGAAGGAGUCAGAUGUCCACCAGCAGAACCCGCCAAAGUUCGACAAGAUCGAGGACAUGGCCAUGCUGACGUUCCUGCACGAGCCAGCCGUGCUCUACAAUCUCAAGGAGCGAUACGCCGCCUGGAUGAUCUACACCUACUCGGGGCUGUUUUGCGUGACGGUCAAUCCCUACAAGUGGUUGCCGGUCUAUAACGCGGAGGUGGUAGCCGCUUACAGGGGCAAGAAGAGAAGCGAAGCCCCACCCCACAUCUUCUCCAUCUCUGACAACGCCUACCAGAACAUGCUGACGAGUAGGGACCUAACCUGGCUGCGAGCCUGGGGGCAGUUCCAGCACUUCGUUCUCCUCAUCCAGCUGCUUGAUGACCUUGAAGGGCCCAUCCCAGGCAGCUUGCGGCUUAUUGUUCCUCACCGGGAUGAGAACCCUCAGCUGGUCCCCGAUCUCCUGGAGAAAUCCCGGGUCAUCUUCCAACUCAAGGCAGAGAGGAACUAUCACAUCUUCUACCAGAUCCUGUCCAACAAGAAGCCAGAACUUCUUGAAAUGAUGCUGGUCACAAACAACCCUUAUGACUACAGCUUCAUCUCCCAAGGAGAAGUGACUGUUGCUUCUAUCGAUGACUCCGAGGAGCUGAUGGCCACCGACGUGAGAGAUGACAGGCUGGGGGGAGGAGCAGGGAGAGACCUGGCCUCAGGGUCCUUGGGCCACACCCACUUUGCCCUGAGCACUGCCCUGUCCCAGAAAGCCCUGCCCCUCACCUGUGCCUUCCGCUCAUUGGAUGAUGCAGCGUACUUCAACAGCUUUGAGCAGCUCUGCAUCAACUUCACCAACGAGAAGCUGCAGCAGUUCUUCAACCACCACAUGUUCGUGCUGGAGCAGGAAGAGUACAAAAAGGAGGGGAUUGAGUGGGAGUUCAUUGACUUCGGCAUGGACCUGCAGGCCUGCAUAGACCUCAUUGAGAAGCCCAUGGGCAUCAUGUCCAUCCUGGAGGAGGAGUGUAUGUUCCCCAAGGCGACAGACAUGACCUUCAAGGCCAAGCUCUUCGACAACCACCUGGGCAAGUCAGCCAACUUCGGCAAGCCGCGGAACAUCAAGGGGAAGCCAGAGGCGCAUUUCUCCCUCAUCCACUAUGCCGGCACGGUGGACUACAACAUCCUGGGCUGGCUGCAGAAGAAUAAGGACCCACUCAAUGAGACAGUGGUGGGGCUCUACCAGAAAUCUUCCCUCAAACUCCUUGCCCUCCUCUUUGCCAACUAUGCGGGGGCUGACACAGCCCAUGAAGGUGGGAAGGGGAAAGGAGCAAAGAAGAAGGGUUCAUCUUUCCAGACGGUGUCAGCGCUGCACAGGGAGAAUCUGAACAAGCUGAUGGCGAAUCUGAAAACCACCCACCCCCACUUCGUACGCUGCAUCAUCCCCAAUGAGCGGAAGGCACCAGGGGAGAUGGACAACCCCCUGGUGAUGCACCAGCUGCGCUGUAACGGGGUGCUGGAGGGCAUCCGCAUCUGCCGGAAGGGCUUUCCCAACCGCAUCCUCUAUGGGGACUUCAGACAGAGGUACCGUAUCCUGAACCCCGCGGCCAUCCCCGAGGGCCAGUUCAUUGACAGCCGCAAGGGGGCAGAAAAACUGCUGAGUUCCCUCGAUAUCGACCCCAACCAGUACAAAUUUGGGCACACCAAGGUGUUCUUCAAGGCCGGGCUGCUGGGGCUGCUGGAAGAGAUGCGGGACGAGCGCCUCUCCCGGAUUAUCACCCGUAUCCAGGCCCAAUCACGGGGGCAGCUCAUGCGCAUUGAGUUCAAGAAGAUCUUAGAGCGCAGGGAUGCCCUGCUGGUUAUACAGUGGAACAUCAGGGCCUUCAUGGGGGUGAAGAACUGGCCCUGGAUGAAGCUCUACUUCAAGAUCAAACCACUCCUGAAGAGUGCUGAGACGGAGAAGGAGAUGCAGACCAUGAAGGAGGAGUUCGGGCGCCUGAAGGAGGCGCUAGAGAAGUCGGAGGCCCGGAGGAAGGAGCUGGAGGAGAAGAUGGUCUCUCUGCUGCAGGAGAAGAAUGAUCUCCAGCUGCAAGUGCAGGCUGAGCAGGACAACCUGAAUGAUGCUGAGGAGCGCUGUGACCAGCUGAUCAAGAACAAGAUCCAGCUGGAGGCCAAGGUGAAGGAGCUGACAGAGCGAAUGGAGGAUGAGGAGGAGAUGAAUGCUGAGUUGACGGCCAAGAAGAGGAAGCUGGAGGAUGAGUGCUCGGAGCUCAAGAAGGACAUUGAUGACCUGGAGCUGACCCUGGCCAAGGUGGAGAAGGAGAAACAUGCAACAGAGAACAAGGUGAAGAACCUGACAGAGGAGAUGGCUGGUCUGGAUGAGAUAAUAGCUAAACUGACCAAGGAGAAGAAGUCUCUGCAGGAAGCUCAUCAGCAAGCACUGGAUGACCUGCAGGUGGAGGAGGACAAGGUCAACUCUCUGACCAAAGCCAAACUCAAACUGGAGCAGCAGGCAGAUGAUUUGGAGGGCUCCCUGGAGCAGGAGAAGAAGAUCCGGAUGGACCUGGAGCGAGCCAAGAGGAAGCUGGAAGGGGACUUGAAACUGACCCAGGAGAACAUCAUGGAUUUGGAGAAUGACAAGCAGCAGCUGGAGGAGAAGCUGAAAAAGAAGGAGUUUGACAUCAACCAGCAGAACAGCAAGAUAGAGGAUGAGCAAGCCCUGGGCCUGCAGCUCCAGAAGAAGCUGAAGGAGCUGCAGGCGCGCAUCGAGGAGCUGGAGGAGGAGCUGGAGGCAGAGCGCACAGCCCGGGCCAAGGUGGAGAAGCUGCGCUCGGACUUGUCACGGGAGCUGGAGGAGAUCAGCGAGCGGCUGGAGGAGGCGGGCGGCGCCACCUCGGUGCAGAUCGAGCUGAACAAGAAGCGGGAGGCGGAGUUCCAGAAGAUGCGGCGGGACCUGGAGGAGGCCACGCUGCAGCACGAGGCCACGGCCGCCACCCUGCGCAAGAAACACGCCGACUCGGUGGCCGAGCUGGGCGAGCAGAUCGACAACCUGCAGCGCGUCAAGCAGAAGCUGGAGAAGGAGAAGAGCGAGCUCAAGCUGGAGCUGGACGACAUCAGCUCCAACGUGGAGCAGCUGCUCAAAGCCAAGGUCAGCCUGGAGAAGCUUUCCCGCACACUAGAGGACCAGACGGCCGAGCACCGGGCCAAACUGGAGGAGACGCAGCGAGCACUGAACGACACCAGCACCCAGAGAGCCAAACUGCAGACAGAGAAUGGUGAACUGUCCCGCCAGCUAGAGGAGAAGGAGGCCUUGAUCUCCCAGCUGACCCGGGGCAAACAGUCCUACACCCAGCAGAUGGAGGACUUAAAAAGACAGCUGGAGGAGGAAACCAAGGCGAAGAACGCCCUGGCCCACGCGCUGCAGUCAGCCCGGCAUGACUGCGACCUGCUGCGGGAGCAGUAUGAGGAGGAGACGGAGGCGAAGGCCGAGCUGCAGCGUUCGCUCUCCAAGGCCAACUCCGAGGUGGCGCAGUGGAGAACCAAGUAUGAGACGGACGCCAUCCAGCGGACAGAGGAGCUGGAGGAGGCCAAGAAGAAGCUGGCGCAGCGGCUGCAGGAGGCAGAGGAGGCUGUGGAGGCCGUGAACGCUAAGUGCUCGUCACUGGAGAAGACCAAGCACCGGCUGCAGAAUGAGAUCGAGGACCUGAUGGUGGACGUGGAGCGGUCGAAUGCUGCCACAGCCGCCCUGGACAAGAAGCAGAGAAACUUUGACAAGAUCCUGUCCGAGUGGAAGCAGAAGUUCGAGGAGUCGCAGAUGGAGCUGGAGUCGUCGCAGAAGGAGGCACGGUCGCUCAGCACCGAGCUCUUCAAGAUGAAAAACGCCUACGAGGAGUCGCUGGAGCAUCUGGAGACCUUCAAGAGGGAGAACAAGAACCUACAGGAGGAGAUCUCGGACCUGACGGAGCAGCUGGGUGAGGGAGGCAAGAACUUGCAUGAGCUGGAGAAGGUGCGGAAGCAGCUGGAGGCCGAGAAGAUGGAGCUGCAGGCAGCGCUGGAGGAGGCUGAGGCCUCUCUGGAGCACGAGGAGGGGAAGAUCCUGCGGGCCCAGCUAGAGUUUAACCAGUUCAAGGCAGAUUUCGAGCGGAAGCUGGCGGAGAAGGACGAGGAGAUGGAGCAGGCCAAGCGCAACCACCUGCGGGUGGUGGAUUCGCUGCAGACCUCGCUGGACGCCGAGACCCGCAGCCGCAACGAGGCGCUGAGAGUCAAGAAGAAGAUGGAGGGCGACCUCAACGAGAUGGAGAUUCAGCUGAGCCAUGCCAACCGCAUGGCGGCUGAGGCCCAGAGCCACCUCAAGGCCACUCAGACCCAGCUCAAGGACUCCCAGCUGCAGCUGGAUGACUUUAUCCGGGCCAAUGAGGACCUGAAGGAGAACAUCGCCAUUGUGGAGCGGCGGAACAACCUGCUGACGGCCGAGCUGGAGGAGCUGCGAGCUGUGGUGGAGCAGACGGAGCGCGCCCGGAAACUGGCCGAGCAGGAGCUGAUAGAAGCCAGCGAGAGAGUCCAGUUGCUCCAUACCCAGAACACCAGCCUGAUCAACCAGAAGAAGAAGAUGGAGGCGGAUCUGUCCCAGCUGCAGACAGAGGUGGAGGAGGCUGUGCAGGAAUGCAGGAAUGCUGAGGAGAAGGCCAAGAAAGCCAUCACCGACGCGGCAAUGAUGGCAGAGGAGCUGAAGAAGGAGCAGGACACCAGCGCCCACCUGGAGCGGAUGAAGAAGAACAUGGAGCAGACCAUCAAGGACCUGCAGCUGCGGCUGGAUGAGGCCGAGCAGCUGGCCCUCAAGGGUGGCAAGAAGCAGCUGCAGAAGCUGGAGGCGCGAGUCCGAGAGCUCGAGAAUGAGCUGGAGUCGGAGCAGAAGCGCAACACGGAGAGCAUCAAGGGCCUGCGCAAGUCGGAGCGGCGCAUCAAGGAGCUCACCUACCAGACCGAGGAGGAUAAGAAAAACCUAAUGAGACUCCAGGACCUGGUGGACAAACUCCAGAUGAAGGUCAAAGCCUACAAGAGGCAAGCAGAAGAGGCGGAAGAACAAGCCAACACCAACCUGGCCAAGUUCCGGAAGGUGCAGCACGAGCUGGACGAGGCGGAGGAGCGGGCCGACAUUGCCGAGUCCCAGGUCAACAAGCUGCGGGCCAAGAGCCGGGACGCUGGGGGGAAGAAGCUCCACGAUGAGGAGUGAAGGGACCCAAAUUUUCCAGAUCGUGGCUGGGAACCUCCCACCCGCUCCUCACCUGACCCCCCAAGACUGGGCUUAAUAAUGUAACCUUAAUAGCAAAUCACUAAUAAAGUGCAACAGCAAACUUC